ACAACUCUCCUCUCCAGCUCUCCAACGCUAUAAACUCUCCCUUUUUCUUUCUCCUGUUACUCUUCUCUCUCUAUUAAAAUAAAUAAAUAAAAAUGGCGACAACCUGUGAAACAUUCACAGUAGAUAGCAAUGAUGGUGUUAAACUUCAGACUAGGGUUUUCAAACCAAGAGAAGGAGAGAUGGAAAAUUUGGUAAUUGUUCUUGUGCAUCCUUACUCUGUUUUAGGUGGAUGUCAAGGAUUAUUAAGAGGAAUUGCUAUUGGAUUAGCAGAGAAAGCUUAUAGAGCUGUAACCUUUGAUAUGAGAGGUGCUGGUAGAUCUACCGGAAGACCUUCUCUUACUGGUUUUUCUGAAAUCCAUGAUGUUAUUGCUGUUUGCAAAUGGGUCUCUCAAAAUUUGUCUGCUGAUAGGAUUCUUUUGGUUGGUUCUUCUGCAGGUGCACCAAUUUCAGGUUCCGCGGUUGAUCAAAUAGAAGAAGUAGUAGGCUAUGUUAGUUUGGGAUAUCCUUUUGGGUUGACAGCUUCAAUCCUUUUUGGAAGACACCACAAAGCCAUCUUAAAAUCUCCCAAACCCAAACUUUUUGUUAUGGGAACAAAAGAUGGAUUUACAAGCGUGAAACAGUUAGAGAACAAGCUUAAAUCUGCUACAGGGAGAGUAGAAACCCAUCUAAUUGAAGGUGCAGGUCAUUUCCAAAUGGAAGGACCCUCUUAUGAUGCCAAUAUGGUAGGUUUGAUAAUUGGAUUCGUUUCUUCAUUGUAGGAAGACAAUGGACGUUGUUUUAUCAUUGACUCCAUCUGUAAGUGGUUUUGCCAAGACCAAGAAGAAGCCACUAAAUUGAGAUUGCUUAGGCAGAUGUCAUCAAUGCAGUUACAUAACACUUCUUGAUUCAUUUGUAUGAUAAUUCUUAUUCUUCAA